UUUAAGAGCGAUAAAGAGCAAAGAACGUAGCCAUAUUGUGUAUAUGUACACGUAGUGUUUGAGUAUUAAAACUUCAUUUUAAGCAAUUCGCUUGUGCCUUUUGUUCCAUCGCUUAAAGCCGAAAGCCUAAUCAUGCCUCGUAUAAUGAUAAAAGGUGGUGUGUGGAGGAACACAGAGGAUGAGAUCUUGAAGGCAGCAGUGAUGAAAUAUGGCAAAAACCAAUGGUCCCGUAUUGCAUCACUACUACAUAGGAAGUCAGCAAAGCAAUGCAAAGCUCGUUGGUAUGAAUGGCUGGAUCCAAGUAUAAAGAAAACAGAGUGGAGCCGUGAAGAAGAUGAGAAACUAUUGCAUCUAGCAAAAUUGAUGCCAACUCAAUGGCGAACCAUUGCACCUAUCAUUGGACGAACAGCAGCACAGUGUUUGGAACGUUACGAGUACCUGCUAGAUCAGGCACAGAAGAAGGAGGAUGGAGAGGAUGCUGCAGAUGACCCACGUAAGUUGAAGCCUGGGGAAAUUGACCCCAAUCCAGAGACAAAACCUGCACGUCCAGAUCCAAAGGACAUGGAUGAAGAUGAGUUGGAGAUGUUAUCUGAAGCACGUGCACGACUUGCAAAUACUCAGGGAAAGAAAGCAAAACGUAAAGCUAGGGAGAAGCAAUUAGAAGAAGCACGUAGAUUGGCAGCUUUACAGAAACGGAGAGAAUUGCGAGCAGCUGGAAUUGAAUUGGCCCCUAGGAAGAAAAAGAAGCGGGGGCUAGACUAUAAUGCAGAAAUCCCAUUUGAAAAGCUCCCUCAACCAGGAUUUCAUGAUACUAGCAAUGAGUUAUUUGAUCCGGCGGCUCCUGAUUUUAGCCGACUCAGGCAGCAGCAUCUUGAUGGAGAGCUGCGAACAGAGAAGGAAGAGCGUGAGCGCCGUAAGGACAAGCAGAAAUUGAAACAGCGAAAGGAGAAUGACAUACCUAUGGCUAUGCUGCAGAAUCAAGAGCCAGCCAAGAAGCGCAGCAAGUUGGUUUUACCAGAACCUCAGAUAUCAGAUCAGGAGCUGCAACAGGUGGUGAAACUGGGGCGUGCCAGUGAAGCAGCACGAGAAGUCGCUACUGAGGGCGGACACCAGCCUUCAGAUACGCUGCUAGCUGAUUAUUCUCUGACUCCUGCAGGGGGCACUCGAACACCCCGUACUCCGGCACUGACAACUGAUAGGAUCUUGCAGGAGGCUCAGAACAUGAUGGCUCUCACCCAUGUAGACACACCUCUUAAAGGAGGAUUGAAUACACCCUUGCAUAGCUCAGAUUUCUCAGGGAUGACUCCACAACGGGAAAUUGUCACCACACCAAACACUGUGCUUGCAACUCCAUUCAGAAGCCAACGUAGUGAUGCGCUUCAUACUCCAGCUGGUGGGGGUUUCCAUACACCAAACCUAGAUGGCAGUAGGGGUGCUGUUGCACCUACACCCAUUCGUGAUAAACUAAGCAUUAAUCCAGAAGAGGGGUUGGAUGUUGGGGAUACACCCCAAGCCAUGCAUAAUUAUCAGCGCCAGUUAAAAGAGCAGCUUCGAUCUGGGUUGAGCUCUCUGCCUGCCCCAAGGAAUGAUUAUGAGAUAGUUGUCCCAGAUUCUGAGAUAGAAAUGGAAGCUCCAGUAGAAGCUGCAAACAGUGUAGAGGACCAAGCGGAUGUGGACACCAGAUACCUUGCCGAGUUGAAGGCCAAACGCGAACUGGAGAUGCAGAGUCGUUCACAGCCAGUUCAGCGGGACUUACCUCGACCAGUGGAAGUCAACACGGCAGUACUGCGUCCACCUCACACAGACCCCCCACUCACAGAACUACAGAAGGCUGAGGAAUUUAUCAAAAGAGAAAUGAUUACAAUGCUGCAUUAUGACGCAGUCUAUUCACCACCUGUCAUACCAGUUGAAACCAAGAAGCGUGGUCAAGUGACAAGCCAAGCACAGCAUUUAGUGUACCUUGAGCAGCAUCCCUAUGAGACCUACAGCCAGGAUCAACUAGCCCAGGCACACGCAAUAUUACAGCAAGAGAUGGAAGUAGUAAAACAAGGCAUGGGGCAUGGAGACUUGUCCUUGGAGUCAUACACUCAAGUGUGGGAGGAAUGUCUUGCACAGGUACUCUUCCUGCCAAGUCAAAAUCGGUACACACGUGCCAACCUAGCCAGUAAGAAAGAUCGUCUUGAGUCACAAGAAAAGCGCUUGGAGCAGAACCGAGGCCACAUGACACGUGAGGCAAAGAGGGCUGCCAAGAUGGAGAAGAAACUGAAAAUCCUUACAGGAGGCUACCAGUCACGGGCACAGGCACUUAUAAAACAACUGCAUGAUUUGUAUGAGCAGAUAGAGCAGGCACAACUUGAACUGUCAACAUUCAAUUUCCUUCAGCGCCAGGAAAUGGCUGCCAUUCCACGAAGACUUGAGUCACUGACAGAGGACGUUAGCAGGCAAACUGAACGAGAGAAGACAUUGCAGGCGAAGUUUGCUGAGCUUCAACAAACAGUGGAACAAUUACAGCACUGAAUGUUCACCCUAGAAGUCUGCAAGAGUUACAUUUGGAGGCACCUAACUGUGCUUACCACUUCCUUAGUUGCAUUGUCUUACCACUCCAAAGUGUAUGUUUGUACCUGAUUACAGUUUGAAGUAAUUCUGGUGCCAUGGCCAGAAACAUGCCUUGAUAAUGUUAGUGGAAGGUGACAAUUAAAUACAGUGAACUCCCCAUUUAGGGUUUCUUUGGGGAACUAGGUUUCAGCAGAGGAAAUCAGACACUAAUAUUAUUGAUUUGGGAUCGUUGAAAUUAAACAUUAAAUGAAGAAACCCCUAAAUCAAGGAACAUCAAAUGGGGGUUCCACUGUAUGCUUGCUACUUUUCUUAUAGAAAUGUAUACUUUCAAGUUCUGACCCUUCAUAUUGCAUUUUACAAUGGAAUUCCAUUUAAUGAUUCUCAAUUUAAGAUCUCUGUUAUAUGUACAAUUUGUACAAGUCUGUAUCAUUGUCACAGUGUUAUUUCCCCUCCACUUGAUGUUUUCCUUGGUUUAGUGUUGGAAUCCAUUGUCCCACCUGGAGAAACAAUAAAGAUUUUCAGAUCUAAAAGUUUGUGACGAUGGUAUGUGUACUGUGUGAUCAUUAAUUAUAAUAUAGAUUGUGCAAUUACAGACUUUUCAAGAAGGCAAGUGUAGUUUUAUAAGUGUUUAUGUUCUCAUGGCAGUGUCUAGGUUGUGAUUUCAUGUAAUUUGAUAGACAGGUACCUAUCUUCAGGCAUAAUUUGGUUUCAAGGGUAAGAAUUUUUUACCAAUAAACUUAAUUAAAAUUA